AUGUCUAACGGACCCUGGAAUUCCUCCCGCAGCGUCGCUUACAGCGACCCGUACCAGGGCAAUAUCUAUGACAGUGCCUAUCCGCGGUCAAGCGUCACAUAUCCGUCCACUGGAACCAGUUCGUCGUAUAAUAUCCCAAUCAGUGCACCACUCUACGACAACGGUGGUCGGCCAGAGUCUUCUUUCUCUUCGUCGCCAGUGUAUACUUCACGGCCGCUUUCCGCAGCCUAUCCGACUGCGCAGAGCUCUAGCUCUCAGGCAUGGGAUGCUCAAGCCGGAUAUUCCCCGACCGAUUCCGUGGAUGAUAUCAUUGCCUCUCCAGGCUUGUCUGAGUAUGGUUUGGACAACGGUGCAGCCACGGUAGUAUCAGGAAGGCCCAAGAGCAACUCUAAGAGUCGGCCACAACGCCGCCCAUCCAACCGAGAUGAGUUCGACGGCCCCCACCAGUUCUUGCAGCGGCCGCCGGCAAGCUAUGUUGCCAUGCAAGAAAGAGAGCUUCCGCACCUCCCUACAAACCUCCUGGUUCAGGAGCAGGACAGCGUGCUCAAUCAAGUGAAUGACAGAUUGUCGCAAUGUGCUUAUGACUUCGUCGCAAAGUAUCAGUUCCCGAUACCCUUGACGCAGGAUAUGAGACCCGUGGAGCGACCUCAGGACCGGGAAUGGACCGAAUGGGUCUACCUUCUGAAGCGAUUAGCAACCAAGAGGAGAAUACCUGCAAGAGUUCUGUACAAUGGUCAGAUUAAGCAAUUUGUGACUAUUUUAGAAAACUCUCUAGAAAUGCGUCAUGCUGCGAAGCAUCAAUCACGCCCUCUCAAGGAUGACAGGAACAUCCUGCAAUUAAUCAGUGCUGGAAUCCAAGUGGCCAAGAUCCUGAAGGACGCGGCUGCCAUGGACUACUUGGACAGACUUUACGUUUCAACAGAACAACAGAUCAGGGACCGGAGCGCGGCCGCUCAGGCUCGCUUCCGCUGA